UUCUCUUUGACAAUGGGUGGUGCUCACAGUCGCGAGGAUCUGAUUUCAGACUCAGACGAAGAAGAAUAUGAAGAGGAAUAUGAAGAAGAAAACGAAGAAGAAAAUUACCAAGAUUUCAAAGACGAUACUCCGGAAAGAUCUUCGUCAGGUCGAAGAACCAAAAUGCCGUCGUCUCUCGACGAAGUGGAGGCUAAGCUCAAAGCCCUGAAACUCAAAUACCCAUCAGCCAACACCCAAAACCCACCUCUCAAAAACGCCGUAAAGCUCUACCUUCACAUCGGUAGCAACACCCCUAAAGCCAAAUGGGUCACUUCCGAGAAGCUCACAUCUUACUCUUUUAUCAUGACGUCGAAAAUCAACUGUCAGGAUGGAGAAGAAGAAGAUGCAGAUAGCGAAAACGUGGAAAAUGGGGAAGCUUGGUGGGUUUUGAAGGUUAGUAACAAAAUUAAAGUGAAAGUCGGGGUAGAAAUGCAGUUGAAAACUUUUGGAGAUCAACGUAGGGUUGAUUUCGUGGCGAAGGGAGUUUGGGCAAUGAAGUUUUUUAGUGAUGAAGGGUAUAGGAACUUUGUUAGCAAGUUUAAUGAUUGUUUGUUUGAGAAUAUUUAUGGGUUUGAGUCGAAUGAGGCCAACAAGGUUAAGGUUUAUGGGAAAGAUUUUAUUGGGUGGGCCAAGCCUGAAGCAGCUGAUGAUUCUAUUUGGGAAGAUGCUGAGGAUGCUUCGUUGAAAAGUCCUCAAUCUGCAACCCCGGUGAAGGCAAAUCAGGAUCUGAGAGAGGAGUUUGAGGAAGCGGCAAAUGGAGGGAUACAAAGCUUGGCCUUGGGGGCAUUGGAUAAUAGUUUCUUGGUGGGUGAUUCGGGUAUCCAAGUUUGUAAGAAUUUUGCUCAUGGGAUUCAUGGUAAAGGUGUUUAUGUGAAUUUUGAUCAUGGGAAUCAGAGGAGUACUUCAAAAUUCGUGCAUUCUACACCGAAGAAGGCGCUUCUUAUGAGAGCUGAGACGAAUAUGCUGCUCAUGAGUCCUAUGACUGAGGGGAAGCCUCACACAACAGGGCUUCAUCAGCUGGAUAUUGAGACUGGAAAGAUUGUUACUGAGUGGAAGUUUGGGAAAGAUGGGACUGAUAUUACAAUGAGGGAUAUUACGAAUGAUAGCAAGGGAGCACAGUUGGAUCCAUCAGGAGCCACAUUCUUAGGAUUGGAUGAUAAUAGGCUUUGCAGGUGGGAUAUGCGAGACCGGAAUGGGAUGGUUCAGAAUCUUGCUACUAGUACCCCUGUUCUGAAUUGGGCACAAGGGCAUCAGUUUUCAAGAGGGACAAACUUCCAGUGCUUUGCAACCACAGGGGAUGGCUCUAUUGUUGUUGGGUCUGUUGAUGGGAAGAUUCGGUUGUAUUCAACCAAUUCUAUGAGACAGGCAAAAACAGCUUUUCCAGGCCUUGGGUCGCCUAUCACUCAUGUUGAUGUUACCUUUGAUGGGAAGUGGAUAUUGGGUACAACUGAUACCUAUUUGAUCCUUAUCUGCACCCUUUUCACUGACAAGGAUGGUAAGACAAAGAUAGGUUUUAAUGGGCGUAUGGGAAACAGGAUUGCAGCUCCAAGGUUGUUAAAGCUGACUCCCCUGGAUUCACAUUUAGCUGGGACUAAUAACAAGUUCCGAAAUGCUCAAUUUUCAUGGGUCACUGAGAAUGGGAAGCAGGAGCGCCAUCUGGUUGCAACAGUAGGCAAGUUUAGUGUAAUAUGGAACUUCCAACAGGUGAAGAAUGGGUCUCAUGAAUGCUACCAUAAUCAGGAGGGUUUGAAGAGCUGUUACUGUUACAAGAUAGUCCUCAAGGAUGACUCCAUUGUUGAUAGUCGUUUCAUGCAUGACAAGUUUGCAGUCACUGAUUCUCCUGAAGCCCCACUGGUUAUUGCCACCCCCCUAAAAGUCAGCUCAUUCAGUAUAUCCAGCAGGCGGUGACUUGCUCAGAUACCACUCUUUAUUUGGUCACUUUCCAAAUGUUACCGAAGAAGUCACUACUGCAUUCGUAGAGCUUCUCAAUUGUAUUUUCCUUGUUAGAUUAGGUGUGUCUGCAAGUUUUUCUGGCAAAGCUAUUAUUGUAAUGAUCUCGCUAUUUGCUAGGAGUUUCUUGUGUAUGACUCCUUGUGUUAUCUGUUAUCAAUUACAAUCACUGUUGUUUUAGUUCUAAAUGAAGCAGUUAUUGCUUCCUAUGUCACAAAAGUGAAUGGCAACUGGCUAGACUUCUUUAUGUUGGAGCAUUAUGUAUCUCCAUAUUUCGAAUCCUUUAUUGUGAUUGAAUCAAGCUGUGUCCAAAGAUCUUGAAAUUGUAGAAAACCAAGACUUUCAAUGGCUAGGAAGGGGCAAGUCAAUGGCUAUCAUGUUUUUAACAUAUGGUGGCAUUUUGGUGGUAGUUAUUGACGUGGACGCCCUGUAUGCCUCCAAUUAGGAAUUGUUGAUAAACAAACAGACAAAAUUACCCCAAAAGAAGAAAAGAAAAGAACAGAAACAGAAGAGGAAACAAUGGCCGUUGCAGUUGGAAGAGGCUUCUCUGUUCAAGCUUGCUCCUCUUCUUCAUCCAUAUUUCAUAACAAAAUGUGCAAACACUCAUUGGGUGCUGCAAGCACAUAGUGGCCCAUAGUAAAUGUGCCUCUCGACGUCAUGGACAAAUUGCCUUUCAAGCACAGCAGCCCAGCGGAGACCAACUUGACUCUCUGGACUUGACCCUACUUCUAUCCGGAUGAAACUUGAGCCAGUGGCCCAUAGGAAAUUUUCUAGACAAUAGUUGAAUUUUGCAACUACUCGAUAACUUUUUUCUCGGUUAUUUUUCCUAAUCCAGUUUGGCUGGAGAUUAUGGGUUUAACCCGCUUAAGCUAGGAGAGAAGACCCAGAGAGCUUGAAGUAUAUGUUCAGGCGGAGUUCGUCCAUGUCGCUUUGCUACGGCAGGAGUUGCCGGAAUAUUGUAUUCACUGAUGAGACUCCAAAUAUUAUUCCAGGGCACAACCGUUUGUAUCCAUUUUGUUUGUUGGUUGGAAACACAUAUUUCAUAGUUUUUUUUUUUUUUAAAUAAAAAAGUCAUGAAUUGAGAAUAAGGGAAUAAAUUACAAAUAUUGAUAUUUAAACUCUAUUCUUAUUAAAUGCUACUUUAAGAGU